AUGUCGAUCUUCGGCAACACGCAGCAGAACAAGCAGACUGGCGGCGGCGGGCUGUUUGGAGCGAGCGCAACACAGAACACGGGAGGGUCUAGUCUUUUCGGCUCGAACAAUGCAAACACAAAUACCGGUGGUAGUGGGUUAUUCGGAGCGAGCUCGAAUCAACCGAGCGCAGGUGGAGGAUUGUUUGGAUCGAGUACAGCACAGCAGCCCAGCACUGGAGGUAGCCUUUUCGGGGCGAACAAUACUACACAACAGAACACAGCUGGCGGAGGACUUUUCCCCUCGUCCAACGCCGCCCAACAAACCAACACCACUCAACAAACCAACACCAGCUCAGGUCUCUUCGGGUCCAAUAACGCUGCGGCGGGCACUGGUGGUCCCCUUUUCGGCGGGCAGUCAAACGGUGCCAGACUCGGUCAAACAGGAGGGGGUUCUUCGUCUUUGCUAGGGGGGAAUACCCAGCAACAGCCAUCUCUCUUCGGCGCCUCCGCCACGCAGUCCCAGCAACCGCAGCAACAGCCGCAAUCGACUUCAGUAUACCAGCCUGGGACCGUCUCGGUUGGCAAUAUGGGACACACCAUGACACAAGCACAACUGCAGCGUCUGCAAUUCUCCGGCGUCUCCACUCAGCCGAACGAGAAAUCUAUAGCUGAGCAAAUCCGCACGAUCAUGGGCAAAUGGGACCCCGAAAGCGACACAACCAUCCUCAAGACCUACCUCUACAAUGCCGUUCCGAAAGAGUACGCCCCCUUCUUCUACCCGAACGCUGCAGCAGGUGAAGACGAGAAGAGCUGGGAAGAGGCGUUGAGCCAAAAGCCAGAGCCUCCCAAGGUCGAUGGCAAGGAGGUGGACAGUACGACGUACGUGCCAAUCCUGGUGAAAGGCUUCAAGGCACUCGGUGAGCGCGCAGAGACCCAAGCAACCGUUGUGCAGCAGAUGCGCGCUCGUCUGCACGAGAUGAACAACUCGCUCACAUCUAUCAUGGCUGCACACGAGCAGAGAAUCACUGCAAACAUCGCCAGGGCCAAGAGGCAACAUCAAGUUCUUCAGCAGAAGUGUCUCAGGCUGUCUGUCAAGGUCCAAGUCCUGCGCAACCGAGGCUAUGCGCUCGAUGCAGCAGAGGAAGGCCUGCGAAAGACGUUGAUGGGCCUGGAGAAGCAGGUGAUGGACCCGGGCUUCCUGGGUCGGGAGGAUGAGAUUUGGGCGAGGAUGAUUGCUUUAAAAGAGAAGGCGAGGUGGCUGGAGGAAGAAGGAAAGUGGGUGAAUGCACAGGUCCAGCAGCAACAACAGCAGAGGAACGAUGACGGCACGUCGAGCGCUGUACCGGAGGAUGUGUUGGCUAAGACGAGGAAGAUCCUCAAGGAUUACGAUGGCCAGUUGCAGCAUCUCAACAAGGAGCUGGAGGACGUGAGGAAAGAGUUUGCCGAGUGGGAGCGCAGCAGAAGAUGA